AUGAAUUCAAAUUUCCAUUCUGGCCUCGUAAAAGAUAUCUCCUUGUUAUUAAAUGAUUCCAAUUAUUUAAACGUUACUAUUCAUGUUGGUGAAAACGAAAAUGCAGAAGAAUUUAAGGCCCAUUCAAUUAUUUUAUGUGCUCGUUCUGACUAUUUUAAGUGUGCAUUUUCAAAUGAAUGGGUUACAAUGAAUAAUAAUAUGAUCACAUUUAAUAAACCGAAUAUUGCUCCAAAGAUUUUUGAAAUGAUUUUAAAAUAUAUUUAUGCAGGAGAACUUGACUUGACAAAUCAGCCAGGUGAAAAUAUUCUAGAACUUUUGGUUGCAUCUGACGAACUGGUUAUUGAAGAAUUAUUUGAACAUCUUCAAGAUUAUUUAAUUGAAAAACGACAAACUUGGGUCAAGCAAAACUUUGUUUUCGUUCUUCAUACUGUAUUUAAAAUUGUAAGAUGUAAGAAAUUACAAGAUUAUUGUCUUAAAUCCAUUUGUACCGAUAUAUUACCAUUUAUUACUUCAAAAGAAUUUCUAUUACUAAAUAAAGAUAUUCUUUAUGAACUACUUAAGCGAGAUGAUUUUCGAGUUGAAGCGAUAGUUGUUUGGGAAUCUUUGAUUAAGUGGAGCAUUAAACAAAUACCUGAAUUGGAGAAGAAAAAUAAUCAGGAAGAGUGGAUUGACGAGAAUUAUGAGGAUUUAAAGGAUAUAUUAAGUAAUUUUAUUCCUCUUAUUAAAUUUUUAGAUAUUACUUCUGAAGAUUUCUAUCAUAAAGUUCGACCAUAUAAGGCCAUUAUUCCAAAUGAUAUUUAUGAAAAAGUAAUGGCGUAUUAUUUAAUUGAACAACCCAAAUCAUACCUUCAUACUAUUUCACCACAAAUUGAAUCAAAUAUUAUCAAAUCAAAGCUUACAAAUAUCAUUAUUAAUUGGAUUGAUAAAAAACAUGGCAAUUUUAUUCGUACUAAAGAAGAUAUAUUAUACAAAUUUAAACUUGUUUACCGGGAUAGUCGGGAUGGAAUCAAUAAUGAAUCAUUUAGAAAUAAAUGUGAAGGUCAAGUAGGAAGUUUGAUUUUAAUUAAAGUAAAUCAAUCAAAUAAAAUUUUUGGUGGAUUUAGUUCUAUUGGAUUUAAUUCAAUUGGAAAUGAUUUAUUACAAUUUGAUUUUAAUGGUUAUAAUAGUUUAUCAUUUUAUUAUUCAUUAGAUAAUUUUAUUUUUUCAUUUGAAAAUAAUGAAGAUAUUCAAAAUAUGAAAAUUAGUCGUGUUAUAGAUUAUUCUAAAGCUAUAUUGAAUCAUUAUACUUUUGGAUUUAAUUUUGGUCGAGGUUCAUUAUAUAUGAAAAACCAAUAUUUAUUUAUUAACAGUGAAUGUGAUAAUUAUGAAAAGAAUUUAAACAUCAAUGAUAAUUUUAUUAUUGAAGAAAUUGAAACUUAUAUUGUCGUUAAACAAUAA